AUUCACAGCCCGGGAUGGAUCUCAGUAACCCUCAGGAACAGCCCAUAGCUGCAGAAGAGCAAGAGGAUUUGACAGACUGUAAUCUGAACAAAUCCCAGGAAAUGGAAAGCAUGGAUAAUGUGGAAGAUAUGAAGGAACACAAUCAAUCUAAUGAAGAAGUAGGAGAUGAUGUGAUUAAAGUGAAAGGUGAAUACAGUGAAAGAGAGGAGAGUGCUUUAAAUUCCGAGCCUAUGGAAAACCUGGAAGAAUCUGAACUGCCUUACACAUAUCCCAGAGAAUAUAACGAAUAUGAGAGCAUUAAACUGGAAAGACACUCGGGUUCAUAUGACAACGUCAGGCCAGCUAGUGGAAAGAUGAAUUGUGAUAUCUGUGGAUUAGCCUGCAUUAGCCUCAAUGUCUUGAUGGUUCAUAAGCGUAGCCACACUGGUGAACGGCCAUUCCAGUGUAAUCAGUGCGGAGCUUCCUUUACUCAGAAGGGAAACCUCCUCCGCCACAUUAAACUACACACAGGGGAAAAACCUUUUAAGUGUCACCUGUGCAGUUAUGCCUGCCAAAGGAGGGAUGCGCUUACGGGUCACUUAAGGACACAUUCUGUGGAGAAGCCUUACAAAUGUGAGUUUUGUGGAAGGAGCUACAAGCAGAGGAGCUCGUUAGAGGAACACAAAGAGCGGUGCCGGACUUACCUGCAGAAUGCUGGCAUGUGUGAGGCUGCCAGCGUGGAGGCAAGGCACAUCAAGGCAGAGAUGGGGACUGAAAGAGCCCUUGUGCUGGACAGGCUAGCAAGCAACGUGGCAAAGAGAAAAAGCUCAAUGCCUCAGAAAUUUAUUGGUGAGAAACGACCCAGCUUCGAUAUCAAUUAUAACUCCAAUUUCCUGUACGAAAAGGAGAGCGAGAUGAUGCACGGGCGCAUGAUGGACCAGGCCAUCAACAACGCCAUCACCUACCUCGGGGCCGAGGCCCUGCGCCCUCUCGUGCAGACCCCGCCGGCCCCCACGGCCGAGAUGGUGCCGGUCAUCAGCAGCCUGUACCCGCUGCCGCUGCCCCGCGCCGACGUCCCCAACGGCUCCGUGCCGGAGGCCGACAAGAGCCACGGCCACCUCAGGGACAAGAGCCUGUCGUCCGACAGGGGCCUUUCCCCAAACAACAGCGGCCAUGACUCCACAGACACUGACAGCAACCACGAGGAGAGGCCCAAUCCCGCCUUCCACCAGAGCCAAGUGAUCACGGCUCCGACCCGCAACGGCCUCCAGGCCCUGAAGGAUUUCCCGAGGCCGUACGACAUCAUCAAGCCGCCCGCCAUCUGCCCGCGCGACGCCUUCAAGGUCAUCAACAAGGAAGGGGAGGCCAUCGGGGUGUACCGGUGCGAUCACUGCCGCGUGCUCUUCCUGGAUUACGUGAUGUUCACCAUCCACAUGGGCUGCCACGGCUUCCGUGACCCCUUCGAGUGCAACGUCUGCGGCUACCGGAGCCACGACCGGUACGAGUUCUCCUCACACAUAGCUCGGGGAGAGCAUAGAGUUGUGCUCAAGUGA